AAGCAUCUUUGAAUUCAAAACCUACCUCACAAUAUCUACCACCUCCUUUCUCUUACUAUUUAACCUCAUCGGAUUCUUUGAUUUCUUCACGUUUGAGUAUUGAAAUUAAACCGGAAAUCAUGAGAGGGGAGGACGGCAGAGGAGCGUAUUCGGAGAACAACUCCGAUACCGAGAGUAUUUCCAGCGACAGAACUGCAGGCUUCAGCGGACCUUUAGGUGCGCCUCUCAAACAGAAGAAAGGUUCCAAGAAGAGUGCACGGUUUAAUAUUCCUCCGGAGAUGGCCAUGACGAAGACCAACUCUACGGGGAGCAGUGUCAACUUUAAUACUGGUGCUGAUGAUUACGUGGAGAUUACUCUGGACAUCCGGGAUGACUCUGUAGCAGUGCAUAGCGUGCAGGGUGCAGGGGGAGUGGAGGGCGAAGAUCACGAGCUGGCGCUAUUGGCCAAGAGGACUCUGGAGGGAAAAAGCUCCGGCUUCGGCUCCACUUUGCUCCGGAAUACGUCAGCUCAACUCAGGCAGGUCUCCCAAGAACUGAAGCGUGCGCUCUCCAGAAGACCUUCUGCUGCCAGACGCUUUGACCGGACAAAAUCCGCCGCCUCUCACGCCUUGAAAGGUCUCAAGUUCAUCACCACCAAGACUGGCGCCUCCGGAAAUGGAUGGUCCGCCGUGGAGAAGCGGUUCGAUGAGCUAACGGCCUCCACCAACAGCCUUCUUCCCUGUUCACAGUUUGGGGAAUGCAUAGGGAUGAAUAAAGAAUCCAAGGAAUUUGCGGGUGAGCUGUUUGCCGCGCUUGCUCGUCGGCACAACGUGAUCGGUGAUUCAAUCAACAAAACACAGCUCAAGGAGUUCUGGGAACAGAUUUCCGACGAGAGUUUUGACUCUAGACUCCAGAUUUUCUUUGACAUGGUGGAUAAAGACGCAGAUGGAAGGAUAACGGAGGAAGAAGUAAGAGAGAUUAUUGGCAUGAGUGCCUCUGCCAACAAGCUUUCCAACAUUCAGAAGCAGUCUCAGGAAUAUGCAGCGCUGAUCAUGGAAGAAUUGGACCCAGACAAUGCUGGAUACAUAAUGAUUCAUAACCUGGAAAUGCUGCUGCUGCAAGUACCAAAUCAAUCGGUGAGAAUCUCGGAUAGCCGGAUUCUGAGUCAAAUGCUCAGCCAGAAGCUGAAACCUACCCAAGAGACCAACCCCAUAAAAAGUUGGUAUGAGGAGGCCAAGUAUUUCUUAAUGGAUAACUGGCAAAGGGUCUGGAUUAUGAUGUUGUGGCUGGGAAUCCUGGCUGGUCUAUUCACCUACAAGUUCUUGGCGUACAAAAAGCAUCCUUCAUUUCAUGUGAUGGGCUAUUGUGUUUGCGUUGCCAAGGGAGGGGCAGAGACUCUCAAAUUCAACAUGGCUCUAAUUUUACUCCCCGUCUGCCGCAACACCAUCACUUGGCUCAGGAACAAGACCAAAUUGGGGGUCGUCGUUCCUUUUGAUGACAACCUCAAUUUCCACAAGGUUAUUGCGCUUGGAAUCAUUGGUGGACUCAUACUCCAUGCUGGUACUCAUUUAACUUGUGAUUUCCCACGGCUUCUUCACGCCACUCAACAACAGUAUGAGAUGUAUUUGAAGGACUACUUCAACGUGAAGCCUCCGAACUACUGGUGGUUUGUGAAAGGAACGGAAGGGUGGACAGGCGUUGUGAUGGUGGUGCUGAUGGCAAUCGCCUUCACACUAGCCACCCCUUGGUUCAGGCGCAACAAGCUCAACCUACCCAACUUCCUCAAGAAGCUUACUGGCUUCAACGCAUUUUGGUAUUCUCACCACCUCUUUGUGAUUGUCUAUACCCUCCUCGUUGUCCACGGCAUCGAGCUCUAUCUCACCCAUGAAUGGUACAAGAAAACGACAUGGAUGUAUUUAGCCAUUCCGAUUCUCCUUUAUGCAUCCGAGAGGUUAAUCAGGGCUUUCCGAUCCAGCAUCAAGGCAGUCAAGAUCCUGAAAGUGGCGGUUUAUCCUGGAAAUGUGCUCACAUUGCAAAUGUCAAAGCCACAAGGUUUCAAAUACAAGAGUGGGCAGUACAUAUUCGUGAAUUGUGCUGCUGUGUCUCCUUUUGAAUGGCAUCCAUUCUCCAUUACGUCGGCACCAGGUGAUGACUACGUCAGUGUCCACAUUAGGACAUUAGGAGAUUGGACACGCCAGCUCAAGACUGUUUUCUCUGAAGUGUGUCAGCCUCCACCUGCCGGAAAGAGUGGUCUCCUCAGAGCCGAAGGAAACAGCGCUGUUAGCUUCCCAAAGAUCUUAAUCGACGGUCCAUACGGAGCCCCGGCACAGGAUUAUAAGAAAUACGAGGUGGUCCUGUUGGUGGGGCUCGGGAUAGGGGCAACCCCGAUGAUCAGCAUUGUAAAGGACAUUAUAAACAACAUGAGGGUGGAAGAGGAUGAGGAGAGUGGGAACGGGAACAGGAAAGGGUCAACAUUCAACACCAAAAAGGCCUACUUCUACUGGGUGACUAGGGAGCAGGGCUCGUUUGAAUGGUUCAAAGGGAUAAUGAAUGAGGUGGCGGAGAUGGACGAGAGAGGGGUGAUAGAGCUGCACAACUACUGUACUAGCGUGUAUGAGGAAGGGGAUGCUAGGUCUGCCCUCAUCACCAUGUUACAGUCCCUCCACCAUGCCAAGAAUGGGGUGGACGUGGUGUCGGGCACCCGUGUCAAAUCCCACUUCGCGAAGCCCAAUUGGCGCCAGGUCUACAAGAAGAUCGCCCUCCAUCAUCAAGAAUCUAGAAUUGGUGAGUUCACAAUUCACACCUACCCCACGACCACAAACCCCAACUACCCCACUUUUGGUUUUAGUCAUUUUUCAAUCACAUCACGCAUGUGCUCAAUGUAUAUUUUGUCUUUCAUUUUUGAAGGAGUUUUCUACUGUGGGGCACCAGCACUCACAAAAGAGUUGAGGCAACUGGCUUCGGAUUUCUCCCACAAGACAACUACAAAGUUUGAUUUCCACAAGGAGAACUUCUAGGAAAAAUCAACUUGAUUACGAUAAGAGAUGCUUUCGUUCACGGCAGCCUAGAAGAAAUUUGAUUUCGUAGAGAUUCAUCCUAUACCUUCAAUUGGAAAUAUUGUCACUUUUUUUUUUCUUUCUUGCAUUUUAUUCUUAUUUGAUUAAUUUCUUAUCUAUAUAGAAUAUUAAUUACAAAAUGUGAAGCAAUAAUAUUAAUUUCACAAGGAGAGCGCCUAGAGCGCAGCUAAUGUAAUUUUUGUAUUAUAGAUAUAUUUUUUAUAAUUUUUCUAUUUUUUGCAAAAAAAAAUGAAAAUUGCAUUCUUGG